AUUUAUCCGAAAUUUCACCUGUGAUAAAUUAAUAAAUAUCAACAAUAGAUAAAGAAAAAAAUAUUAUUUUUUAAUAAUUUCACAAGAUGUCGCUGAUACAUUAAACAUGUGAUAUUAAAACAUACAAUUUGUUUUGAUAAAUCAUUAAUCUGUUGUGAAAUAAUUAAUUAAAGAAAAAUGCGAUCAAUUUUUUAAUUAUAUUGUGUAAUUUUUUCUUUCUUUUCGAAUAUUAAUGUACUAUUAUGUGAAUCUUAAACUAGAUUUUUAAAUAUAAUAAGUAUUUCAUAUAAUGGAGGUUAUGUUAAUCAAAAUUUAUAAUUAAAUAUAUAAUUAAAACUAUAUCAAAUCUUAAAUAUAAAAUAUGGAUACAGGAAAUUCGAAUGAAAAUUCACAUCCAAUUUUAGAGACUCCUCCACGUGCUGAACGAAAAAGUACCCGAGGAUCGCGACAAAAAGGAGUAGAUAGCGUAACAAAAAAAUUUCUACGUAAUUUUGAUCCGGAACAUAGUGAAAGAGAAAAACGAAAACUUCAUCGACGAUUGUAUCAAGGUCAUAAAAGACAUGUUAUGUAUGACGAAAAUGGAGUUUAUACUCAAACAGGAGAUGAUCUUUGUGAUUGUUUAAAUUUAAAUUGUGCUGGAUGUCAUUUUUCUUGUCCUAAAUGCAAUUCUCCUAAAUGUGGUCAUGAAUGCAGGAAUAAUCGUAAGUGGACGUAUGAAUCCAUAGAAAAUGAAGGAAGCGAUGUCAUUAUAAAAAAUCCAUUAUUGAAAGAAACUUGAAGUUCAAAAAUUAAAUCAGUUAAUUAUAUUGUUAA